AUGACUCGCAUUCUGCUUACCGGUGCCUCUGGCUUCAUUGCCUCCCACAUUCUCGAGAAGCUCCUCGCCCGCGGCUACUCCGUCCGCUUCACCGUCCGCAGCGAAGACAAGGCCCAAAAGCUUCUCGCCGCCUACCCAUCGCACGCCGACAAACUCGACUACGUCCUCGUCCCUGACAUCGUCGUCCCCGGCGCCUUCGACAAAGCCGUGCAGUCCGACCCGCCCUUCGACGGGAUCCUGCACACCGCCUCCCCCUUCCACUUCAACGUCACCAACCCGCGGAAGCAGCUCAUGGAGCCCGCAAUCCAGGGCACCGUGGGCAUCCUGCAGGCCGCGAAGAAGUACGCCCCCAGCGUAAAGCGCAUCGUCAUCACCUCGUCGUUCGCCUCGGUGCUUGACGCCACGCAGGGCAACAGCCCGGGCAAGACGUACACGGAGGCCGACUGGAACCCAAUCACGUGGGAGCUUGGCCUCGAGAAUGCGCUGAAUGGGUACCGCGCGAGUAAGAAGCUGGCGGAGAAGGCGGCGUGGGAGUUUGUGGAGAGGGAGAAGCCGGGUUUCGAGAUUGCGACGAUUAACCCGCCGAUGGUGUUUGGGCCGCCGAAGCCGUAUAUUUCGAGCUUGGAGAACCUGAAUACUAGCAAUGAGCGCACACUGAACUUUAUUCGCGGUAAAUGCAAGCAGGGUCUCCCACACAGCGGUGUCUUCCUCUGGACCGACGUUAGAGAAGUAGCAGAGGCCCACAUCCUCGCCUUCGAGAAGCCUGAUGCAGCCAACAAGCGUUUCCUGGUCGUGUCGGACAAGUACUUUUCCAACCAAAUGAUCGCGGACAUCAUCAAGAAGGACUUCCCCGAAUAUGCCGACCAGCUUCCGGAGGAGAGGGAGCCUAACGAUGGGCUGCCGGAGGGCGGGUGCUACAAGGCUGAUAACAGCAGGAGUAGGGAGAUCCUGGGAUUGAGUUAUAGGCCGUUGGAGGAGAGUAUUAAGGACCUUAUUGGCGCGUUGAAGGAGAUGGGGCUGUAA